AUGGUCAAAGUCGACAUCAUCGAGGAAAAGGACCAGGACGCCAACUCCCCCUACGCCUCCCCCUCCUCGUCGCGCACAUCCUCCUCCGUCUCCCUCUCUAACGUAAGCGAUGCCGAGCUCGACCUCGAAGAGUCUCUCUACGAGCGCAUUGUCGCCCUCGUCGACAUCGUACCUCCUUCCACCCGCCACAAAAUAAACUCCCGCGUUUCCAAGGCGGCCGGCUUUGUCAAGGGUACCGGCAAGCUCGUCGGCAACCUCGUGUGGAUAGUCACCACGAGCGCGCUCCUCAUCGGCCUCCCGCUUGCUCUCAGCCUAGAGGACGAGGCCAAGAUCGUGCAGCAGGAGAAGGAGAUGCUGGCUCAGCAGCAGGGUGCGCAGCAUAUGGCUUCCAUGUACGCUCCGUCGAAUCCCAACCAACAACAGCAAAAGGGAGUCGUUCCCCCGGGAUUCUAGACCUCU